GCUGCCCCGUGUUUGUGCGAGCGCGUCGCGCAGGAAGAGCCGCACCGAAACCUCCGCCACACGGCAACCCGAGGGUGUGCGGAGUGCCACACGCGCACGUGGCAGGACAUUUGUCUCCUCUCGGCGCUAGUUCCCAUCAGAGGAUAAUAUGUGCUAACGUCACGCGCGAGCCGCACCGUACGCUGAAUGCCACGCCGGUACCAGAUGGAGGAUGCGAACUUCAGCACUUCGCUCCGGUCCACCCCCCCCCCUCCAGGACAAUGGUUUCGCCCGUGGACUCGCUCCAGCACUCACUGCACACAAGAGGACUACAAGAUACUGAUUUUUGUGUGUGUGUCAACCAAUGUCAGCUUUCUCUAGUAACGACGUUACACACAAUAAACCCCGUAACAGUCUCACAAACCCUCUCGGGACCGGAGCGUUCCUCUGAAGACUGCCCUGCGUGUGGCGCGGUGCCGUUGAUGGGAGCAGGAACCGAGCUGCACCGCCAGUGCCUGGAAUAAAUAAGGCAUUCCUAUCCAUCCCUCUGUCAACCCCCCCCUGCCUUUUUCCUCUUCGGGCUGUAAAUAAGCCAGAGUAGCCCGUGUAGACCCUUGAGAGCCCCCCCCCCUCUACACUUCUCCUGCUGCUGCCCUGCCCGCUCAGAACCUGCCGCUGCUCUUUAUGCCGCUGGAAGGCACAAGGGAGAUGCUUUGAUGAUCCACCGGGUCAUCCCAAACAACAUCGUCCACGCAGCCCAAGACAGGGAAGACUAACUAGUGUGACUGUGGGAAGGUCCUCGGAGGGGGUGAGUGAGCACCUGUGAGGCCCGUGUGCCACGCCUGGCAGAGAGCUUGGCUCGUUCCUUCCCUCCUCCGGCCCCCGAGAUGCCCUCCCCUCCUAAUGAUGGAGAGGAUCAAGGAGCGUCCCCCGUGAACGGGCCAUCUGUGGGCUCCUACCAGAGCACUGGGAAGAGGAAGGUGCGCACCAAGAAGAAGAAAGGCACCAUCACCGCCAAUGUCGCUGGCACCAAAUAUGAGAUUGUUCGUAUAGUCAUCAGUGAGAUGGACUUUAUCAAGACCCGGGACGAUGACGAAACUGCCAACCUCAUUUGGAACGACUCGGCCGUGCAGCACGAGAAGAUUGCUGAGCUCAGGAACUAUCAGAGAAUUAACCAUUUCCCUGGCAUGGGUGAGAUCUGCCGGAAAGACUGCCUAGCCAGGAACAUGUCCAAGAUGAUCAAGUGCCAGCCCCAAGAGUACAGCUUCAUACCCAAGACGUGGAUCUUCCCCGCCGAGUACACGCAGUUCCAGAACUACGUGAAGGAGCUGCGCAGGAAACGCAAGCAGAAGACCUUUAUCGUCAAACCCGCUAAUGGAGCCAUGGGUCACGGGAUCUCGCUUAUCCGGAACUGUGAGAAGCUGCCUGCCCAGGAGCACUUUAUUGUUCAGGAGUACCUGGACAAGCCUUUUCUGAUGGAGGGCUACAAGUUUGACCUACGCAUUUACAUCCUUGUCACUUCCUGUGACCCGCUGCGCAUUUUCCUCUACAACGAUGGCCUGGUUCGCAUGGGUACAGAGAAGUACCACGCACCCAGUGAGGCCAAUCUGAGCCAGCUCUACAUGCAUCUCACCAACUAUUCCGUCAACAAACACAACGAGAACUUCGAGCGGGAUGAGACGGUGGACAAAGGCAGUAAGAGGUCCAUCAGCUGGUUCACCGAGUUCCUCCGCACCAAUGACUACGAUGUGGCCAAGUUCUGGGGGGACGUCUCAGAGCUGGUGGUGAAGACGCUAAUAGUCGCCGAGCCCCACGUGCUGCACGCCUACCGCAUGUGUCGCCCUGGACAGCCACCAGGGAGCGACAGUGUCUGCUUUGAAGUCCUGGGCUUUGACAUCAUCCUGGACCGCAAACUCAAACCCUGGCUACUAGAGAUCAAUCGAGCGCCGAGCUUCGGGACCGAUCAGAAGAUUGAUUACGACGUGAAGAAAGGGGUGCUUCUCAACGCGCUCCAGCUCCUCAACAUUAGGGCUAGCGAUAAAAAACGCAACCUGGCCCAGCAAAAAGCAGAAGCUCAAAGACGACUCUACGGACACGGCUCCAUGAAGAAGCUGUCUGCCGCGUCCACGGACUGGGAGAAACAACGUCACACACUGGAGCGGAGGAGAGAGGAGCUGAAAGAGCGACUGGCACAGGUCCGCAAGCAGAUCUCCAGGGAGGAGCAUGAAAAGCAGCAUCUGGGGAACUACAGACGUAUUUACCCCCCAGACGACAAGCUGCUGCUGGAGAAGUAUGAAAGCCUGCUCUCGGCCGCCUUUCAGACCUUCCUCGCCGGGCGAGCUGCCUCACUUCAAAAGGAAAUGAAUAAUCCUCUGAAACGAAUGAAGGAGGAGGACAUCUUAGAUCUGCUGGAGCAGUGCGAACUGGACGACGAGAAGCUAAUGGGCAAAUCCUCCAGGCAGCGAGGCCCUAAGUCCCUGACCGCGAUGCCAGAAUGCAGUACAACACCACGACGCCAACGACCGGACUACCUGGCCGACUUCACAAGCGGCAGCAGCGCUGACAACUCCUGCUCCUCCACAGACGAUGAGGAGGAGGAGAGAAGGAAAUCAGGGGGAGGAGGAGGAAGAGGCGUAGAGAAGAGGGAAAAGAAAGUUUCCUACGACCUUGGGGAGAGCAAGGAGAAGAACGUAGCUGAGCGCUCAGGUCGCAUGCACUGGAAACCUCCAAUCAAGUCGCCCAAGCCCGGCCCCGCCCCCUCCGCUUCGCCCACGCUUUCGGGGCCAAUCAGGCGCUCCAUCUCCUGUCCGCGCUCCAUCUCGUCCCUCUCGUCGCCCACCGAGGUGCGCGUGGUGUCGAGCAGGCCGUCCCCCGGCGUCCCCGUGGCCACGCCGCUCGUCAGGCCCAGUUCAGCCACGCUGCGCUCCCACUCGCUGAGCCGCAGUGGCUCCGCCCCCCGGGUGCCUCACAGCAACAGCCUGGGGACCAUCCACUCCAACAUAGGUGAUCCACUAAUAAACCUGAGGAGUAAAGAGCAGGAGGCAGAGCUGGUGCGUCAGACUGCGGCUGCUCUCACGGCCAUGAGGAUCCGAUUCCCAGGCAAAAGUGAGGAAGAGGCCGAGGCCGUGCUGGAUGAGAUCCUUGACAACUGGAAAUACCAUAAACCAAAGGUGGCCUCCUAUUGGCUGGUGAAGCUGGACUCAACUAAACAACGCAAGGUGUUGGACAUUGUGCGCACCAACGUCCGCUCGGCGCUGCAGCGGAUCUGGAGGGAGCCGGACGUGGAGAGCCUCCACCUCUACCGGCUCUUCAGCCGCGUGUUUAACCGGCUGCUGUGGAGCCAUGGGCAGGGCCUGUGGAACUGUUUCUCCAACACUGGCUCCUCGUGGGAGACCAUCUUCAGUAAGAGCAGCGAGGUGGUGUCACCGCAGGAGCUGCAGUGCUGCCGGCGGCUGGUCCAGCUGUGCCGAGACUGCCUGUUGGUCGUCUACAAGUUCGUCUCAGAGUCCCGCGGCUCUUUGAGCGGACUCAGCCCAGAAUGGGACGACACCAGCUUGCCAUUUGCUGCUGGACCAGCCUCUACUAAUGGCUCUACCCCUGCUGCUGUCGCUGCCGCUUCUUCUUCCUCCUCCUCCUCCGUCUCUUCGCCCCUCGACGCAGGUACUGGAACGCUGUUAGCAGGAGCUGCCUCACUGCUCUGUCUCGGUGGAAGGUGUCAUAGAAAAGUCUUAGAAAGGUAUCUGGUGCCAGUGACCUCCCAGUUCAUCAUGAAGUGGCCUUCGUCCAGCUUUGGCCGCAUCUCCUCGGCCAUGCCGCGCUCCCGCAGCCUUUUUGCCGCCAGGAUGGGCCACUUCUGAGGUCACCGUGGCAACCCUGGCUCUGACACCUCGCCUUUUGACCUCAACCCACUCCCCUCUGACUCUCACCCAGCCAAACCUCUGAUCACAACAAUCCCGUGGAUCUGAUUUUCGGGCAGCUCUGAACACCGGAUGGAACCUCACCCUUGGCCAGUCGCUCCUAUGGAAGGCCGAACUUUUUGAAAUUGCUAAAGGGCCUUGUUCACUUCACUUUAGUUUGGCCCUGCUCAGACCAGCAAACCACUGGAACUCUUCGUCCCCUUUCAGCCUCAGUAACACCAGACAAUGGGUUAACCCUUGUUUAUCAUUGUAAUUGCCGAAUUAUAGCUACUCACUGUACAGUUACAAGUCAUGGUACUGUAAAAAGUAACACCAAACAAUGCAAUGAUUAUUUAUUUAUUUAUGUAUUUAUUUUGUAAGGUAUUCCAUGAAUGCAGUGAAUGCUGAUGCAGAAUGCACAUACGGAAUGAAGCCGUCCAUUGAGUGAGCAACUGGAUGUAAAAGAAGCUUAUUUUUUUGCUGGCUGUCAUAUUUUUUAUCUUACAUUUAAUUUAUUUAAUAACUUAUAUGGGGCUUUAUGUUGAAAUAUGUUGCCAGUCACCUUAUGCUUUGCAGUUUGGAUUAACAUUCGAGUGGCGGCGCCCAGGGACCUCAGAAAUGUUAAACGUUUGACUGCGAGCGCUUCAUGUCCCACCCGUGUGAUGUAAAGUGCAGCGCUGUUGAGCAACACACUUCUUGGAAUGUCAUGGUGAGGAAGCCAAGCCUCUUUGCCUCUUGGAGAGUGAGCUGUCUUUGAUGCCACGGUGUCAAACCUCAGCCUCGGAGAGCACCCGGUUCUUAAUAUAUGCACAUUGCCCUUUGUCACACAACGAGAACGUGGGUGCACAUUACGCUAGAGUUUGCAUGCUUAGAUUUAAUGCCCAGAUGUAGUGGUUAGCCUGAAGAGCUGCGUUUGGAAUAUACUUGAAGUUUUGCGUUGUCAUUAUAUUAAUUCCUGUCCUUGUACCGGCGCCCGUUCGGAAGAAGACGUUUCACUUUUAGAUUUAGCGUCUUGAUCGCGGACGUGAUAAAGAUAAUGAGGAUGUGUUGCAUCGCACCAAACGACCCGGCUCAGCCUAAACGUACUGUACUGUAAGAGCGGUGAUUUGCCUCAGAUGAGCAGCUACAGCCUCUUGCUCCACCGCACCGUAGGUAGAAGUGCCAGGAAUAUCAUGGAUGUGCCACUAAUAAGCACUAAUCUACUAGAUGUGUUCGGUGGGCUUUUAUUUAAGGUUAAUAUGUCAAGUUAAAUCCAGUAUUACAUGUGGAUAAGGAGAAAUGCAGCGCUGUCUGUUUAGUAGUUGACGUGGCUCCGUGUACUUCCCCGUCAGACGAUGCACUGACUGACCUCUCAGACAGUAGUUUGUCAAACACCAUCGGUCUCGACUACAUGUAGCAGCAAUGCUGUGCUCAACCUGCAAAGUGAACUCGUCCAGACACUAAACACACGUCGCUAUGCCAAAUAUAUUUCGUUUGCCUGAUUUUAUUUCUUGUUUUGAGAUUUGUUGUUUUUUUUUCAUUGGACGUAUAGGAUUUUUAAUUUUACAUAGCAAUAAAAUGUUUGAACAAACA